GCCACUGUGGACUCAGUCUCGGUUAAAUCAAAGUUGUUGUGUCCGGGGACUGCGGGGUCCUGGUCGGCGAUCAGACCUCGUCAAAUUCCUUCCAGCGACCAUCCCCGAAGGAAUGUGUAGCAAGUCCAAUUGAGCCAAUGGCUUGACACGUGAGCGCCGAGACGGAGGAGAGAUGUUCUCUUGGCCAUGACGGAAAUAAGUGAGAGGGAGAAUGAACCUCAGAGCCGGAUGGUUCAUCGACCGCCGGCCAGCAGCCAGCCCGAGUCAAAGCUGCAGCGUUUGAAGCGCUCUCUGUCCUUCAAGUCAGUCAUGCGCAGUAAGAGUAUGGACAACUUUUUCCAGCGGAGCAACGGUGACUGUCGUCCCCCCUCUGCCAUCAUAACUACACCUCCACCGCCGCCUUCUCCUCCACCAUUCUCCGGGACCCCUCUAAGUCAUGAGCGUUCUGCCUCCCUCUCUCCGUCCAUGAGCCCCAACCCAUCGUUGUCUGAGUCCUCAUAUUCGCCUUCCAUUAGUCCAUCCUUGUCGUUUAACUCCAAAGGUCAGCUGAAGGCUAAACAAGUUCCAGUCAAAAGUCACUUUUUUCAGGAGCACGUCUUCCGGAGGGCAACCUGCUGCCAAAGAUGCAAACAUACCAUCCAAGGGAACUCUAAGCAAGGGCUCCGCUGUAAAGCCUGUAAGCUCGCUGCCCAUCUCUGGUGCUCCUCUGAACUUUCACAACAGCCCUGCAAUGGCAAGGCUGGAGCUUUCAAAAGAAACUUCAGUUCUCCUCUCCUCACCGUCGAUCCCCUGGAUGUGGUCCGAGAGGCUCCGCUGCAGGAAGCAGAUAACAGCACGUUGGACCCCAUAUAUGAGGCGCUACGCUAUGGGACGUCACUGGCGCAGAUGAGUCGCACUAGUUUUGGCAGUAUUUCAGAGUCACCCUGUCAUGAGGCUGAAGAUGCUCUUGAAAACCAGCCCGUUGCUGAGGAGGAAAAUAUUCCGGGAAUGCUCACUCCUCCUGAAAGUGAGAAAACUGAUUCAGAAGACAGGUUCAGCCUGAAGACUCCAAAGCGCAUGGAGGUCCACUCCCUACACACAUAUGUGGCUCUUUACAAGUUCCUGCCUCAGGAGAAGAAUGACUUGGCAUUGCAGCCUGGUGACCGAAUCCAAGUGACAGAUGAUGCCAAUGAGGACUGGUGGAAGGGGAAAAGCAAGGACAAGGUGGGCUUCUUUCCUGCCAACUUUGUGCAGCGCGUGCGUCCUGGUGAGCGAGUCUGGAAGGUCAGUGCUGGUUUUCCAGGCAACCGAGACAAAGGCCAGAUGACUGUGAAGGAAGCACAGAUCUGUGUGGGAAAGAACGAAGAGACUGAGGGGUUUCUACGGCUAACCAGCGGGAAAAAGCGAGGCCUCGUCCCAGUGAAGAAUCUGUUGGAGAUCUGACAUGUAUUUUCCUACAUCAGUUUCAGUAGUAGUAGACAGAGUGGGAGGGUGUGGUUACCUGACACCCUGCUCAUUGCCCGCCUUGACGCCCGUCACCAGCAGUGGAUGGGGGUGUGAACGAGUGGGGGACUGAGAUCCAAAGGGUUGAGACACAUUGUAGGGCUGCUGUUGAUUGACUGUGUGACUCAAAUUACGUAAUGUAUGUAGCAUUCACCUUAGCUACCUCACUUGGCUGCUAAAGAGAACAGAGGACUUUCAGACUGAGAUCAUGUGGCUUCUCUCAAUAGAAACAGUAAACACUUGGGGUUUGUAAAGGUUUGUACUGUGUGUGUGUGUGUGUGUGUGUGUUUGUGUGUGUGCGUGUGCGUGACUGAAAUGCAAUUCUCAUGGUCACUCUACUCUCCAGUGGUUAGUAGUGGUGCAUUUGCACUCUUCGCUGCUGUGAAAACCAUCUCACGUGCAUCUUGGGGACUUAUGUUCCUUCAGCAAAAGUCCACCAGACUAUUUUGUCACUUGCCCUUUUAUUUGCUUGAAGUCAUCAGUCUCAUGCAAUUUGUUACUAUAAAACAUGGGUCAGUGCCUGUAAACAAAUGCAUUAGGGUUGCAAACACUCUUUUUCAUGUUAUUUAUAUUCGGAGGCUCUUAGAAUUAACGGCCUGGUGACCAGUCUCUAUCACUUAUCGUAGCCCUUCGUAUCCCAGCAUGCAAGGUACAUGUAAUACUCAUUAAAAAACGAUUAUGUAUUUAUUCAUAUUCACUGUACUAAAUAUCAUAUCGGAAAGAUCAUCAUAUAUAUAUAUAUAUAUAUAUAUGAUGAUCUUUCUUAUAUGAUGUACCUGCCUUUCCUAUGUGCAUCAAUGACCUCUGACAUAACUUUCAAUGACUGUUCAAAUGCCAAGUAUAUCUAUUUCUACGUUUGUCGUGUAAUUUAGUAUAUCUAUUAUCAUUUUUUUUCUUCUAAAACAUCUUUUCUUGAACCACUGACCUUCAUUGCUGCAAUAUUUGUACAUAGGAGCUACAAUUAUCAUUGUAAAUACAAUAUUCAACUGGCCUUAUUGAAGGUCCAGUCCAGAAAUACUCAAAAGGGCAUUGAACUAGCAGUUCCAUUCUGAUGUGUAUGUGUAUAUGAACAUUAAAUCGGCACAAGUCUUUAAAACACUAUGCACAGCUCUAGUCAUAAAUAUUCAGCACCACCUGUGUCUCUGAAGUCUGCCUACACAUUUGUCUCACCAAUAUGACCCUCAGUGACUAGCGACAGGGCUGGCUCAGGAUCACUUUUAUUCAGGUGACAUCACUGCACUGACAUCACACUCACUGGCUGCUUCUCUGCACAUCUACCUGCUGUCACACUCACGUCUCUCAAUAA